AUGUCAGUUUAAUAAUUUUAACCUGCAUAGUUUUUCUAUUGGGUAAGAGAAAAUAAAAUUUAGAGAUAAUUUUAAUUAUAUUGAACAUGGAAAAUAUAUAAGUUGGUGAAUCGUGUCAGAUUUCUAAACGUUAUUUCAAAGUCUUUCGUUACGUGACAAUAAUAAGUUUCAAACAAACAAAACAAUAUAUUGAGAUUCGUCCAAUUUUUCCUGCAUAUCAAAUAUACGAAUAAGUUUCACACCAAGACGAUCUUUGAAUAUCAACUGGGAAAAGUAACAAUAUAUUUGUUAACAAUCAUGAUAAGAUUAGCAAUAAUCUGUUUUCUAAUUUCCAUGAUCAAAAGCGAAAAUUGUAACUUUGGCAUUGAUGAUGUAAUAAAAUUGAGACAACUUUUCCAUGAUUCGGAACGUCGUAUGGAAGAAGGAACUCGAGGUCAAAGUGGAAAUGCGGCAAUUGUCAUAGGCGCACAAAGUAGUGGGGAAAAAAAGGAGAAUGAGAAAAAGAGAAAUUACAACAUUGGAAAUGAAACAAUAUCUCAGGAAUUUUCCGGUUGGGAAAAGAAAAGGGGAGCCGAGAGAGAAAGAAAGAGAGCCACAAUGGAGAUGGAGGGAAAAAUCGGUAUUCAGUAUUCGCAAAUCGGAUCCCGUUAUAUUCGAACGGAAACAAGAACGGUUGAACGCAAUAAAACUUCCUUCUUUUAAUUCUCGUCGUAUUUUCGCACUCAGACCAUUGUAAUUAACGUAUUCCUAUUUUCGUGUCUGACAUAAUAAUUGUCAAAUGAUUUUUUUUAGUCACGGUUUGCUGGACGAAAUUCCAACGAAAAGCUAUUUAAGUCGAUAGACAAUCUUUAUACUAAUAAUAGUAGA